AUGAUCAGCUGUAGCAAAGGAGGAUCUGAAUAUGAUGAUGAAGAUUACAAACCAGACAUCUACUAUUGGUCUCCUGUUUGGUCACUGACAGGAAUUCACACUCUUCAAUGUAUUGGGUCUGUUGAGAUCACUGAAGACGGCUCCAUUAAGAGAUCGAUGCAGUUUGGAUUUGAUGGAAAGGACUAUAUUAGUUUAGAGCCAGACAGAAUGAGAUGGGUCGCAACCAAUCACUUUGCAGUGAAGAUGAAGGAAAAAUGGGAUUCUGAUAAAUCCUGGAACAAAUACUGGCAAAUACAUCUGCAAGAAGAAUGUGUCCAGUAUUUAAUGCGGAAUUUAUGUUCACCUGAAGUGUUCAUCUCCAGAAGUGACCCCAAUAGUCAGUACAAGCCGCUCACUCUCUCCUGCCUGGUUACUGGGUUUUAUCCUGUAGACAUUGAGGUGAGCUGGCUAAGGAAUGGAGAGGUAAUGUCUGAGACACUAUCCUCAGGGGUUCGACCCAACCACGAUGGGACCCAUCAGAUCCAGAAAGAGAUUGAAAUAAAUGCUGGGGAUGAGGAUCAAUACUCCUGUCAAAUUGAACACAGCAGCCUGGCAGAGACCCAGUUCUAUCAGUGGGAAAUCCCGGAAAACAGUGCAAGACGCUCCCAUCUUGGAAUGAUAAUUAGAUUAGUCGCUGCACUGGCUGCUGUACUUCUUAUAAUCGGAAUAAUCAUCCGGAAAAGGCAAGAGAGAGAUUCACCAAGUGUGACCUACACAACAGCUCAGAGUAAGUGA